AUGUCGGAUGCUGGAAAUACAGUGCUGAACAAGGAUGAUAACAUCUCUGCCCUCACGUGCACAGACACUAACACGGAAUUAGACAUUUUCCAAAUACUUGAUCAUAAGAAAGAGGGGGUGGAACCCUCUGCUGUCGUCGCUAGGGACGCUUCCGCCGAGACUACUGCAAUGGAUCUGGAAGACGGCCUGACAGCUCUGGACAAGAUAGUCACUCAGUUCAACACCUAUGAAAAUUACCUCGACUCGCAGAUAACUGACGAGGACUUGUACUACCUAGAGGAUGAAGACCUGGCCCGCCAGCUGGUGGAGCUCGGCGGCCGAGGGACUGGCAAGGUGGUGAAACGGGGAGAUUUUGAAGCAAGGAAGGCAACUAUCAUGGCUAUAAGGAGGGCAGCUAUAGAGGCUGCAAAGCUGGCUGAACGAACUCAGAAAAAGACAUUAACAAGUACUUCUAAAGAACUGCAAGAUAAUUUUCUGAAGGCUCUGGCAGUGAGAGAAGAAGACAAUCGCAAUGGAAAAGUGAGUGUGAGUACAUUUCAUCCAACAACUAAAUGUGUAACUGAAGGCACAAGUUAG